AAGCGACGCAAAGCACACCCCGCCCGCCAAGACCGCCAAGACCAAGCCAAGCCAAGUCAAGACAGCUCCUCAUCUCGUCCUGCAUCCGACAACUCCUUCUAUCUUGAUGAAACGUGAAAACAGGCGGGCGGGCGGGCGUCUGAGCAAACAUUUGGCGGCCGAGUACUUGUUUGCUUCUGUCUCCAUGCAUGCAGCUGUUGUUGUACCAGUGCAUGGGAAGAAGGGGGGGGGAGAGCGAGCCAGAGAGAGAGCCAGAGAGAAAGAGAGCCAGAGAGAGAGAGAGCCAGAGAGCGAGAGAGAGGGAGCGAGAGAGCCGUGUUCCAGUCAUCGCGCGCCAGCCAGCCAGCCAGCCAGCCAGCCACCAAUGAUGGCUUUCACGAUGCUCAGGCCGAUGUCGGCUCAUUCCUUCGCCUUCUCCGUUGACUUGAGCCUGACGUCGGACGAGGACGAGGAGAACCGCAGCGAGAGCGAAGGCAGCACGGACAAGGGUUAUGGGUGCUGCGCGGCGGCGGCAGCACCGGGCUCCGGCACCGACACCGGCAUCGGCGGGGUGGUCGUGGUUGAGCAGCGAAACGUCGCCAACGCCAGAGAGAGACACCGGACUCAGAACGUCAACACGGCUUUCAGCGCAUUACGGACGCUCAUUCCUACGGAACCGGUGGACCGAAAGCUGUCCAAAAUUGAAACACUGCGCCUGGCGUCCAGCUAUAUUUCGCACCUGGCCAAUGUGCUGCAGGUGGUGGGCGACGACGAGAAGAACGAGGACGGCCGUUCCUGCGGCGGCGCUCCUCGCGGCGGCGGCGGCGGCGGCGGCGCUCCUCGCGGCGGCAGGGGCGGCGCUCCUCGCGGCGCUCCUCGCGGCGCUCCUCACGGCGCGUCUCCGUGUCUGAGGGCCAGCGGAGACUCCGGACAGCCCCGGAGCAUCUGCACCUUCUGCCUCAGCAAACAGCGCAAAGUAAGCGGUUCCAUUGGCCAAAGCAGGGCUCACCAAACUUUUGAAGGAGAAGGUUAAAGACAGCCGACAUUGUGUCAAAAUGCUCGGAGGGCCAGCGAGAAAAAUACAUUCUCGAUAAAACUCUCCUUUCGCUGGAACUGACAAUGACCACAAAAGACUGUUCUGUGAGUCUUUUGAAUGUUUUUUUUUUCUUCACCAAACAAGAGUUGUGGCUCAGGUAUGCAUGUUAAUGCUUCAUAAUAUGACGUAUUAUUAAUAUGAGAUAAAGCAUCAACAUCAUUUGCUGAUUUGUUCAUGGUUAUUUGUCAAACAUUGCAACUUUUGUCAAAUGCUCUUGUACUACGUACGCAUUGUUCAUAAUGAGGAAUGUUCAAACGUAUUCACGGAGUGCCCUAGGAUAAGAAAGCUCAAUGAAUGUUUUUUUUUUUUUUUUUCCCUGCAAAACUAGGAGCAGACGCCAAUUUCCAAGAUGGAUUUGUUUGUUGUUGCUCAUGGCUUCAGACAACCUGAUGAGAAAAUCAUGCAAACUAACAGAUAUUUUUGAUUUCUUCCCCCCAUUUUCUGCUGAUUCAUUUGACAAAUUGACAUUGCCUAUAAUGUGUGGUGUUUUUGGAUGAAAUCAUUUCAUUCAAGUCUGAUUGUUGAUUGAUCACGAUGUUUUGUAAGCUUUUCUUACUGAUGACUGUGUUUUGCUCAAGAACUAUUAAAUCUUGUAGUGGAAAGCAGCAA